AAACUUAAUAAAAACUAAAAAAUAAAAAAUAAAACAAAUUAAAUAUAUAAAUAAAUAAGCGCGACUCGAACGGCCUUUGGUACUAGCUUUUGUUUUGUUGUGUGUAUGUUUUUUAUUUGAGUUUUUUAUUAUCACAUGCAGUCGCUUAUUCAUUGCGACUCAUUAACAAAAAAACAAACAAACAAAAAAAAAAAGAAAAGCGCACUUGAACAAAAUUAUAAACUUUAACGCGGUGUUUGUUGUAAUUGCAUUAUUAUUAUUUAACUAUUUUUUUGUUCAUCGCUUGGCUUAUUGAAUGUGCGGCAGUGCAUAAAGAAAAAAAAAAAUACCAAACAGGUGGAAAAUUGGUAAAUUCACCUUGCAACAUGGAAUUAAAGACAAUGCCACAAAACGGAGCCAAUGCCGGCACACAGCACAACAACAACAGCAACAACAAGCCAGAUAACAAUGAGAAGGAGGCACAGAAAAAGGAGCCUGAGCGCACGAAUUGGUCGAACGGCCUGGAAUUCCUGAUGUCCUGCAUAUCGGUAUCCGUGGGCCUAGGCAAUGUCUGGCGUUUUCCAUUUACCGCCUAUGAGAAUGGAGGCGGCGCAUUUCUUAUACCCUAUAUAAUAGUGCUCUUUCUGAUCGGCAAGCCCAUGUAUUAUCUGGAGAUGAUAAUUGGACAGUUCACGAGUCAGGGCACCGUUAAGAUCUGGUCCAUAUGCCCGUCAUUUAUGGGCGUGGGCUAUGGCCAAGCCUUUGCCACGAUCUGCAUUAUCACCUACUACUCAUCCCUGCUGGCCCUGACCGUCUACUAUCUGUUCGUCUCGUUUCAAUCGGAGCUGCCCUGGUCGUAUUGCCGGGACGAUUGGGUCAAUUGUGUCAACUCUAGGCCAGCGGAAUAUGUGGAGACCUUGCUGACCAAUGCCAGCUCUGCGUUGAGUCGUGCGACAGAGAGCGCCACCAAUGUGACCAAGCUGCAGAGCAGCUCCGAGCUUUACUUUCUCAAUGUGGUUAUUAAGGAGAAAUCGGAUAUAACUGACGGCAUCGGCGCACCCGAUUGGAAGCUAACCAUUGCGCUGUUCGUCUCAUGGGUUGUCAUCUUUCUGGUCAUAAUGCGCGGCGUUAAGAGCUCCGGGAAGGCAGCCUAUUUCCUGGCACUGUUCCCCUAUGUGGUGCUGUUCGCGCUGCUGGGCCGAGCUGUCACCCUGGAGGGUGCGGUCGAUGGCAUCAUAUUCUUUCUGCAGCCCCAAUGGGGCGAGCUGCUGAAUCCCAUCGUCUGGAAGGAGGCGGUCGUUCAGUGUUUCUUCUCACUGGCUGUCGGCUGUGGACCCAUCAUCAUGUUUGCCUCCUACAAUCGCUUCGAUCAUGGCAUUUACAGGGAUGCCAUGAUUGUGACCACAUUGGAUACGCUGACUAGUCUGCUGGGUGGUAUUACGAUAUUUGCCAUACUUGGCAAUUUGGCGCAUAAUUUGAAGGUGGAUAAUAUACGGGAUGUGGUGCGCAGUGGAACUGGCCUGGCUUUCAUAUCCUAUCCGGAUGCCAUAUCGAAGUUUCAGGCUGUGCCGCAGCUUUUCUCUGCGCUCUUCUUCUUCAUGCUGUUCGUGCUGGGCAUUGGCUCGAUUGUGGCCCUGCAGAGCACCAUUGUGACAAUCAUAUGCGAUCAGUUCAAGACGUGCAAAUACUGGAAGGUCGCAAUGGCCACAUCCAUUUGUGGUUUCCUUAUGGGCCUGGUCUAUGUAACGCCGGGCGGCCAAUGGAUCUUGACGCUGGUGGAUUUCUAUGGUGGCACCUAUGUGGUCUUCAUAUUGGCCAUCUUCGAGCUGGCGGGCAUCGUUUGGAUAUAUGGCCUGCAAAACUUUUGCGAUGAUAUCGAGUUCAUGAGCAACAAGAAGGUUUCACUGUACUGGCGCAUAUGCUGGUCGUUCUUUACCCCAAUCAUGAUGAUUGUGAUAUUCAUCUACUCAAUGGUAACCAUAUCGCCCAUUAAAUACAGUGAUACAUAUUUUCCCGUUGCCGGAGAUGUUGCGGGCUGGGUGCUCUUCGCUGUGGGCGCGGCGCAGUUUCCACUUUGGGGCUGGUGGUACAUCAGAACCCAUAGGCAUGACAGCUUCUCCAAGUCAUUUAUGGCCUCGUUAAAGCCGAGCGAAAAGUGGGGACCAUCCAAUCCGGAGACUCGUCGGGAUUGGCUGCUGUUCAAAAGCGAUUUGGCGGCGAAACGGGCGAUUCAAGCCAAGUCGAAUAAGAUGGGCUUCUUCCGGCAGAAGCUCUACAAUCUGUGUGGCAAUAGCAACUAAGCGAAAUGGAGAUUAUUCAUAUUGUAUUAUAUAUAUAUAUAUAUAUGUAUUAAAUGCCUUCAGCCACUACGAAGCCAAAGGCCCUGCUAAAACUAUCCAUUACCGAAACACUAUUAAUCGAAAUCAAUUCAAACACGAUCCAAUAUAAAUAUGAUUUGAAA